AUGGACACGCCGUACUUCAUUCACUCCGGGCUGGACAAGCACGGGAGUCUCUCCGGUUGGCUGCGAGGCAAGCACGAACACCCGCCCGCUACUCGCGGCCGGCGGGAAGAGCAGCGCGAGCUGCGCAAGCCCAUCGAGCCUGUCAAGCAACAUGUGCCUCCCCGGCCCCGGCGGCCAGGUAUACUCAAGCCCCUCACACCGGCGCACCCAGCACCGGCGGAGAAGGUCGAGCGCAUCGACCGCGGCUACGAGAGUGAGGGUUCAAAUGUGUCGCGCUUCGACAGCAGCGCCAUCUACGAUGAUGGAUUCACCGACUACGACGAUGACGACGAUGAAGAUGAGCCCUCCUCGCUUAGCCGACAGCUGGCAGAGACGGCGCAGGGCGUGCGCGAAGUCAGCCGUGAGCUGGGCCGCACACGGGUCAGAUCGCGUAUCCAGACGAUUCUCGUCGUUACCAAGGCGCGCGACAACCGGCUCAUCACCCUUACCCGUGAGCUUGCGCUGUACUGCAUGCUGCGCAAGCCCGCGGCGGCGUCCAGCACCCACGAUAUGCGGCAGGCCCGCAACAUGUCCCCAGAUCGUGGAAUGAUCGUCUACGUCGACAAUCAGCUGCGCAACUCGAAGCGAUUCGACGCGGCUGGCAUGCAGCGCGAUUACCCGCAGCUCUUCGAGCCGAUCGCUAGCCGCCGGAGGACAUCCACCUCGGCAAGCGCGAGCAGCGCUAGCAUUUCGACAAUGGCGAGCUCGUGGAGCACGACGAGCGGUGCCCAGGGAGACAAGAAGGAUAUGGGUCAACUGCGUUUCUGGACGCCCGAGAUGUGCUCCAACUCGCCCCAGCUAUUCGAUUUCGUUGUCACACUCGGUGGCGACGGCACCGUGCUCUUCACCUCGUGGCUAUUCCAGCGAAUCGUGCCACCCGUGCUGCCAUUUGCGUUGGGCUCACUCGGCUUCCUGACCAACUUUGACUUCAAGCACUACCAGGAUACGCUCGACAAGUGCAUCGACGAUGGUAUACGAGUCAAUCUCCGCAUGCGGUUCACGUGUACUGUCUACCGCGCUGUUGCGCCUGACGCGUCCAUGGUCAUCGGGAAGGGGAGGAAACGCAAAGCCAUCCGCAAGCCCGGGGGCGAAAUCCUCAUCGAGCAGGUCGAUCGCGACGGGUGGGAGGCUCUUGAGGGCGGGACGCCGAUAGGCAGUGUCGACAACGACCGGCACGGGAGGGACAAGGAGAUCAUGUGCUUCACUACACGUCCUGUCGAGCAGUUUGAGGUCCUCAACGACCUUGUGGUGGACCGCGGGCCGAGCCCCUUCGUGUCCCUGCUCGAGGUGUUUGGCGACGAUCAUCACCUCACCACGGUGCAGGCGGACGGUCUUACGGUGUCCACACCAACUGGUUCUACCGCAUACUCGCUAUCGGCGGGCGGCUCGCUGGUGCACCCGGGCAUUCCAGCUAUCCUUAUCACUCCGAUCUGCCCGCACACGCUUUCAUUCCGUCCCAUGCUUCUUCCAGAUGGCAUGGAGCUUCGUGUCUGCGUCCCUUACAACUCGCGCUCCACAGCGUGGGCGUCCUUCGACGGUCGCGGCCGUGUGGAGCUCAAGCAGGGCGACCACAUCAAGAUCACGGCUUCCAAGUACCCGUUCCCGACAGUGUGCGCAGACAAGCAGAGCACAGAUUGGUUCCGCAGUAUCCAGCGUACGCUCAAGUGGAACGAGCGCGAGCGGCAGAAGUCGUUUGUCGUUGUCGAGGAGGACCACCCGUACGACCCAUACAAGGAACCGAAUGGGCUCAGUGGCAGCGACGGCGACCACGACACGGACGCCUCCUCGGAGGAGGAUGAGUUCGACAUCGACGACCGAUCCGGUGGCGAGCUCACGCCCCCGCCGAAGGACGACAUGGAGAGCAACUUUGCUCCCGCCAAGCCUCUGCGCGUGCACACGCAACUACGUCACCUCAGAGACGACAGCGAGUUCCGCUCGGGCGUCCAGUCGCCUGACCGUUUCGCCUGCAGCUACGAGGGCCCGCCUCCAAUCAGCCAGCGACACCUGUUUGACGCGCUGGCGAAGGUUGAGAGCAAGCUCAAGCGCGUCGAAAUCCGGGGCCACGACGACGACGACGAACCCGAGCUCAACGAAGUGGCCGCUCACCGCCCACCGAGUGUGUCCUCCGUGGGAGAGGGCACACCUAUUGCGAUUGCUGCUAUUCUGCACGACGAGACAGACGAGCACGCCGAGGCCGAGGACGAGGUGCCCCCGCUCCCUGAAGGCAUUCCCAGGACUGAGAGCGACAUGACGCUCGCCCCGCCAGAUCUGUACGACCGGACCGGCCGCCGCUCGAACGUCAACUACGACGGUGGGCGCACGCCGCGCCAGGGCCGGUCUAGGUCGCGCUCGCGUGCGCGCGAGGUGCGCGCCAGCAGCAACUCUAGAUCUGGCUCGCCGCAUGUGGGCGCCAAGAAGCCCAAGGCGUUUGCGUUCUUUGGCCACGUGAGUUUAGCUGAUGGUGUGCAGGUUUGGCUGACGGACAGGACGACUCGCAGUCGGAGCUCAGUGAUCCCGAGUAGCAUUAAUACAUGUGCUAAUCACGUCUGCUAUGCACUGUAUCAUGGACGGCUGAGGGGAAGGGGCGUGGAUUUCUCAGCGGAAAGGUCAGAACUCAUAUCUCGGGGCAGCUGAUGUCGAGGCACGGCGCGGAGAGUGAAUCGGCAGCAGAUGUUCCUAGGGACUCGGGAGCCCGAGGGGAGGCGGAGAGUCGAAUCGAACAAUGCAUAUGCCAACCUAUACCUGAUCAUGAGUCGUGGCCGCACUCGACCGCCUGUGGCGAGGAACUGCGACGCUGUUGCUGCCUAUCAUGCUGCUCGCUCAAGGAAGGACGAUGAACGAGCGGAGGUUCUCUGGGA